AUGUCUUUCAAAGGAACCCUCCUAGAGUUCCCCCAAAUAGCCAUAGAUCGCUUCAACGUCUCCGCCCAGCUAUACCUCCUCACUCAUUUCCACAAAGAUCAUCUAAUCGGCCUCGCUAACCAAUCAUUCCACGGUAGCGUAAUUUGCAGCCAUGCCACCAAAGAUCUCGCCAGACUCGACCCCCAGCUUCGUCAUAAAAUCACCCAUUUCAGGGCCCUCCCGUUCAACAUUGCCCAUAAGUACACUGUGGGUGACACAGAAGUGGAAAUCGUCCUUAUACCGGCGUACCAUUGUCCUGGUUCUACGAUGUACCUCGUUAAAUCCGUCACUACGGCCGUGCUCUUCACUGGUGACCUCCGUGCUGAACGAUGGUGGGUCCAAGCCCUCCCUAAGAACAUCCAUCUCCUUCCAUACAUCACCGGCUUAGACGUAUUGGACACCAUUUACCUUGACACCACCUUCGCCUAUCGUGGUGAGCCAUACAUUGAGAUCCCUCACAACCACGACGGAGUGGCUUUGGUGGUGAGCUUACUACGGAAGUUUCCUCAGGAUAUGGACGUGGAGGUAUACUUCCGGGACCAUGUAUCGGGGUUUGACGAGGCGUGGAGUCAAAUCGUAGGCAGUGUUGGUGGUGGAGUCCAUUUCGAUGAUGCGAUGUUUAGACGGCACCAGGUGGUGGAUGGCCAUAGCACCUAUGCUCCGGUGGACAGAGAAGGAGCCACCGCCACGCCCCGGUUCCAUGUGUGUAACCCUAGGACCUGUCCCAGCAGGGCCAAGUUCAAAAUCAACGUUCGUCAGGCCAUCAACUUCAAUAUCGUCGACCUAGCACUGUCACUAAUGCCGCUAGAUUUGCGUCGCAUUGAUCCCCAGGAACUUAGCACCAUGGUUACUGAGGAUGUCACUGUGGGAGGUCACGAGAUAGUACGGUUUCGUCAACGGACGUGGCUCAAAGUGGGUACGGAGCUUCUUCCUCGGGAGAUAAAGCUCAUAUUCUCUCGUCAUUCGUCUUACACCGAAUGUAAGGAGUUUGUAGGGAUGUUUAGGCCCCGUCAGGUGGUACCUUUGACGGAAUCGCACCACACCUGGUGCCAGGGAUUCCUCAUGUCCCGCGUGUUUGGCGACGUUUGUCGUGGGAAACGGGUGGAGGAUUUUGUCUAUGACCUCACCAACGCCACCACCAAGGGGGUGCCACCUAAGAAGGUUUUAGCACGGAAAGUGGCUACGGUAGACCGAUGGCUGGUAGAGGGUUGUAGAGCAGAGGUUAAGUUUGUCGAUAGGAUGGUGUCAGGGCUAGGUCCAUUAGGACCACUUCCUAUUUUAUCCACUGCCACCAGGGAUUUAGGUGAAGACCCAUCAACACCCAGCGUUGUUCGACCAACGUCCAGCGUUGUUGGACCAACAUCCAGUGUAGUUAGAUCAACACCUAGCAUGACCCAUUCGGGCCCCAACAUAACCCAGUCCCUCGACCCAGUCUACGUCCAAGAGAUCCUACAACACACGGAAGCCGUCUAUAAAAAAUAUAUUAAUCUGAAGAUACCGGGCCAUAGAAUAGCCUUUGACAUGAGUUUUGAUUCAGACAGGUCCCUGGAUAGGUCGCUGGACCCAGUGCUGGACCGGUCGCGAGACUCAUUGCCAUCACUGGGUCCAGCACAUGUCACUGAAUUUGGUACCGCACACCGACUCCCCACGGUAGAAGGUAUUGCUUCCUCCUUUAGUUCAGAAUGUUCCCACUACCUUGCUAAUAAUAACGUCGAUGAAGUGGGCAUCGCCAGGAUUUGUAGGAAGUUAAGGAGACGUCGGGAGGAGUAUUUUCUGUUGCGGUUGGAGUGUUUGCAGUAA